AUGCAACAUGGCUCGGACGUCAUCGAGCCCGAUUUCUCGGAUGUUGAUUCAACCUACCCGGAGUCGUUAGGUGACGCCAGUUAUACCACCAGUCUCACAUCAACUGCACUAAACUAUCAAUAUGAGAACGGUCGCAGAUACCACUCCUACCACGAAGGCGAAUAUAUCCUGCCUAACGAUGAGCGAGAACAAGAUCGUCUUGAUUUGAGUCACCACAUCUAUUUAAUGCUUCUUAAAGGCGAGCUUCAUGCCGCUCCGAUUAAAAAUCCAAGGAGGGUAUUAGAUAUUGGUACCGGUACGGGGAUAUGGGCUAUGGAUUUUGCAGACGAACAUCCAGAAACAGAAGUCAUCGGAAUCGAUUUAAGUCCCAUCCAACCGUCCUGGGUGCCACCAAACUGCCGCUUUGAAAUUGACGAUUUUGAACAACCGUGGUCAUACAGCCAGCCAUUCGACUUUAUCCAUGGACGAGAGCUAGAAGGGGCCAUCCGUGAUCAUGACACGUUAUUCCAACAAGCAUACCAAUAUUUGAAUCCAAAUGGAUGGCUAGAGAUCUCCACGAUCGAAGUCAAUACGUACUCCGACGACGACACUCAUCUCAAAGCAACGAAUAUGCUCGAGAGUGUGGUGCAAUUACACGCAGGGUCAAGGUUGUUCGGAAAGGACAUGUCAUCCGUGGUCACGUGGAAAGAGAAGAUGGAGAAAGCCGGAUUCAUCAAUGUAGAGGAACGAGUCUUCAAGCUUCCCCAAAGUCCUUGGCCUAAAGAUCCUAAGCUGAAAGAGCUGGGGCGAUAUCACCAACUUAAUAUGUUGGAGGCCAUGCCCACUUACAGUUAUGCACUAUUCACACGCAUGCUCGGAUGGGAUCGAAAUCGGAUUGAAGCUCUUUUGGCUGGUGUCCGUCACGAAUUGAAAGAUUUGUCGAACCAUUUGUAUUCAAAAGUACAUAUGGUAUACGGACAAAGGCCGGAGUGA